CCUCACUGUCUUCUCUUAUAAAACCCCCUUCCCCUCUCUCCACAUCCCAACCCUAUUUCCUUCCCAAGCUUCACAGUACCCAUCCAUGGCUGCUCAUCACCCCCACCACCAAAAUGGCACAGAUCAUUCUUAUGACCAUGAUCAUGAUGAUCAAGUGGUUGUGAUCAUGGUCCCUUUCCCGGCACAAGGCCAUCUCAACCAGCUCCUCCACCUCUCCCGACUCAUCUCCUCCUACCGGAUCCCUGUCCACUAUGUCGGCGCCGCCACCCACAACCGUCAGGCAAAGGCUCGCGUCCACGGAUGGGAUCACGAUGGGGCGCUGGCCAAGCCUAAAAUCUACUUCCACGACUUCCCAGUCCCGCCCUUUGCCUCCCCUCCCCCUAUCCCUAACUCCCCCACCCAGUUCCCCUCCCACCUCCAACCUGCCUUCGACGCUUCCUCGCACCUCCGGCAGCCCGUGGCAGCGCUUCUGGGCGAGCUCUCAAAUAGAGUGCGCCGAGUCGUCGUCAUCCACGACUCUCUAAUGGCUUACGUGGUUCAAGACGCAGUUCUUUUCGAAAACACUGAAUCCUAUAGUUUCCACAGCGUCUCCGCUUUCGCCACCCUUUUGUCCCGGUGGGAAACGAUGCAGAGACCUCCCUCCAUCACUGCAGAAAUUCCGAAGCACAUCCAGAAUAGCAUUCCGCCAUUAGAAGGUUGUUUCACUGAUCAAUUCUUAGACUUCGUCCGCUUUCAACAUAUGUUCUUGAAGCUUGAUUCGGGUUGUAUAUACAACACAUGCAAAGCCAUAGAAACCUCUUUUGUCGAUUUACUAGGGAGAGAAGAAAUGAACAUAAACAAGAGAAGGCAUUGGGCUAUCGGCCCUUUCAAUCCGGUUAAGAUUCCGGUUCGCCGAACUAACGGCUCGCACCGGUGCCUAGAGUGGUUGGACAAGCAAGAAGAAAACUCUGUUCUCUAUGUCUCAUUCGGGACGACGACGGCGAUGACGGAGGAGCAGAUAGGAGAACUGGCACUCGGGUUGGAGAGAAGCGAGCAAAAGUUCAUUUGGGUAUUGAGGGAUGCAGAUAAAGGAGACGUUUUUGCCGGAGAAAAUGGAAGCUUAAGGGCUAAAUCCAAGCUUCCGAACGGGUAUGAAGAGAGGGUGGAGGGGGUGGGGAUGGUGGUGAGGGAGUGGGCGCCACAGCUAGAGAUAUUGGCGCACAGGUCGACCGGAGGGUUCAUGAGCCACUGCGGGUGGAACUCGUGCAUGGAGAGCAUGAGUAUGGGUGUGCCAAUGGCGGCAUGGCCGAUGCACUCCGACCAGCCGCGGAACACCGUGCUGGUGACGGCGGUGCUGGGGGUGGGUGUCGUGGCGAGGGAGUGGGCGCGACGGAAAGAGGUGGUGAGAGCGGGUGAGAUUGAGAGGGUGGUGAGGAAAUUGAUGGCGUCGCCGGAAGGGGAGGAGAUGAGGGAGAGGGCGGCAGAGCUGGGCGGAGCCGUGAGGAGGUCCGCGGCGGAGGAUGGUGGGUCGAGGGCCGAGCUGGAUUCUUUCAUUGCCCAUAUCACCAGAAAACUAUAGCUGUAAUUUCUCUUUCUUCACUUGAAAUUUAAACCCGAGAGCACACUCUUAUCUCAGACCAUAUAUAAUUUUUUUUAUUGUGCAGUAGAGUAUAUCAGAGAUGAGAGAUGCUCAGAUGCAUGGAACUUAAUUUAUGAGAUGGAGAUUAAUAAAAUUUGCAUGUGAAAAAGCGGGAUCUCCUGUGAAGAAUCCA